UCCUAACCGGGGCAACCCUUCGUCACAAAACAUUCAACCCUUGAAAGCAGGAGUAGUUAGCCAGCAGUUGCUAGCUAGCUAGCUAGCUUGAAACCACAGCCAUUUACCAGAUACGUGCAAAUUGUGGCAGCUCUGUCAGGACCUAUCUCGUGUUGUUAGCCAGGCUAGCUAGCCAGGGACAACGUUGUCUGGAAGUCGCCGGUAAUAAAGGGUAAUGUUGUAUUACUAACGUAAGUUAAUAAUGUAAGUUUCAGCAGUCUAGAUAAUAACCGAACUUGCAAGUGGAAUCAAAGUUAACUAGAUCCGGCUAAGAAGAUACAUUUUGCUAAGGAGCUGCACAGUUGGCUAACGUUAGCCAACAAUCAAGCCACGUAGCUAGCUUGUUAGCUAGCGUUAGUUAUCUUGCCAACAUCCAUCUCGCUCUAACUUGCUUGUGUAACCUGCAGGCGUUAUUUCAAUUUAAUAGCCUGGAACAUAGACUUACAGUAAUGAAACAUUUUGGGGCCUGCUGAAAAUAUACGUUGCCGCUUCAUCCCUUGAGCAACCCGAAGAAGGCUAACUAGCUAUCUUAUCUAGCGAACAUCGUUAUCAUGACUUCCAGGCGGAGUAAUGUUAGUUGUAGCGGCGACAUGCAACCAUCUCCCUCAGGUAGUAAUAGUACAAGCAGCAGUGGUAAUCGUAAACAAAGUAUAAUCCCCCAAAACAGAGUUGUUUCAGACUCUUAUUAUGAUCGCAAGGUAGAUAAGCCUGGGUACGGGAAUUCCUCACAGGUCAAGAACGUGACAGUAUCGUCUUUAAAGACACGUUUAGCUCCGACCAUCCGAUCUGCAUUAACCGUAGCAGUAGAUACCCUCUUGGGCGAGGUAGUUCUAGUAUUGAACGAGACUCAACAAGAAUUGAUCAACAAGGAGCAGGAAAAUGAAAGACUCAAAGUUCGCCUCGAGGUAUCCGAGAGAGAAAUGAGGACUUUGCAAGAAUGUCUGAGCAGUGCGCAAAAAUUGAUUGAUCAGCUUCAAAUACCGUACUCGGGCUCCCAGACUGUAAAUCAGUCAGUCUUCGCACCCUCAAUGUCUUCUAUUGGGUCCAUGAAUACUUCUAUGGACAGGAACAACCAGAGCCCCCAGAAUGUUAAUGGGUCCGAUGCCCGGUGUGUGGCCGGGGUCAACCUUGGGCUGGGUGGCCCUUUGGAUGAGUCUCUUCAUGGAUAUGACAACAGAGAUGACUACAAAAUGUGUCAGCUUUCAAUCCAACCAGAUGGUUCUGUGACAAAUCACUCUCUGGAUUCCUUUGGUACCAACCCGUCUAUCUGCUCUGACUCCAGGCCAGAUGAUAGGCAGUCCCAGGGGGCAAGCGGAGGGUCCAGGUUUGAGGUGAAAGAGGAGCAGGGGCCUGGUCUAGGACCGAACCAGCCCUGCAGGAGAGGGCCAGGGCCCCGGGGAGACGGCAGGGCAGGUGAACCAGAGCAAACAGCCCAGAGUGUGGGCGACCUGGGCCACAUCCACGUGGUUGAGGAAGACGCAGCUGCCCGCUCCCUCAGCUACCCUCUCCGCCACCCAAGACCCGUGCGACCACGCUCCGGCCCUGGCGCUGAUGGACUGAAACCAGUGGCCAGGCCUCCGGGGCCUGUGAGGUCGGACAACGUGUCCCCAGGGAGGGCCGAGGAAUCAGCGGGUCCGUCGACCUCUGAACUGGCCGUGGACCCGGACAGUGAUCGUCCACACCACUGCCUGGAAUGUGGGAAGACCUUCCGCCUGAUAUCCAGCCUGAAGAAGCACAUUCGCAUCCACACGGGAGAGAAGCCCUACCCGUGUGGCGUCUGCGGCCGGCGCUUCCGCGAGUCGGGGGCCCUGAAAACCCACCUCCGGAUUCACACCGGGGAGAAGCCGUACUCCUGCUCCGAGUGCGGCAACAGCUUCCGCCACCUAGACGGCCUGCGCAAGCACCGGCGCACCCACACCGGGGAGAAGCCGUACGUGUGCGCCAUCUGCGGCAAGCGCCUGAGUCGCCUGCAGCAUCUCAAGCACCACCAGCUCAUCCACACCGGGGAGAGGCCCUGCUCCUGCCCCUUCUGCCACCGCAGCUUCAAGGAGCCGGCGGCCCUCCGCAAGCACGUCCGCACCCACCGCGACGAGCCCGGCCAUCUGGAACCAAGCAUCGGCACCGGGGAAGAAAUAGACCCAGACGCCAUGGACGACAUGAACAACCUGCACCCGGCUGCUCCUUCCCCCCAGAUGAGGUUUGGCGAGUGGGGACCUGAAGGGGAAGACGGCUCGGUGGUGGACUGUGUGUAAUGAGGGUCAGAGGCGAGGGCCUGAGUCGAGGGCCUGAGUCGAGGGCCUGAGUCGAGGGCCUGAGUCGAGGGCCUGAGUCGAGGGCCUGA